GGCCCCUCCCUCGCCCGCCCUGUGUCCGCGCCGCGUCGCUCUCCGGGUAUUUGAAUCGCGCUUCCGCCAUCUUCUUCCCUGCGUCCAGUCACGGAGCCCAGCGCCGCGGACAGACGCCUCGGCAAGACCCAGCAUGGCCGCCCAGGGAGAGCCCCAAGUGCAGUUUAAGCUUGUCUUAGUUGGUGAUGGUGGUACCGGCAAAACAACAUUUGUAAAACGUCAUUUGACUGGUGAAUUUGAAAAGAAGUAUGUAGCAACACUGGGUGUUGAAGUCCAUCCUCUGGUGUUUCACACUAACAGAGGGCCUAUUAAAUUUAAUGUAUGGGACACGGCUGGCCAGGAGAAGUUUGGUGGCCUGCGAGAUGGCUACUAUAUUCAGGCUCAAUGUGCCAUCAUAAUGUUUGAUGUAACAUCAAGAGUUACCUACAAGAAUGUACCCAAUUGGCAUAGAGAUCUGGUACGAGUAUGUGAAAACAUACCUAUAGUGUUGUGUGGCAACAAAGUGGAUAUUAAAGACAGGAAGGUCAAGGCAAAAUCCAUUGUCUUCCAUAGGAAGAAGAACCUUCAGUACUAUGACAUUUCAGCUAAGAGUAACUACAACUUUGAGAAGCCUUUCCUCUGGCUUGCCAGAAAACUAAUUGGAGAUCCUAACUUGGAGUUUGUUGCCAUGCCUGCUCUUGCACCUCCAGAGGUUGUUAUGGACCCAGCAUUGGCAGCACAGUAUGAGCAAGACCUACAGAUUGCUCAAACUACUGCACUGCCAGAUGAAGAUGAUGACCUGUGAGGGAUGAAGCUGGAGCCCAGCGUCAGAAGUCUAGUUUUAUAGGCAACUGUCCUGUGAUGUCUGGUGCAGCGUGUUUGCCACUUUAUUAUCUAGCUGAGCAGAACAUGUGCUUAAUCUUUGGGAUGCUGAAAGAGAUGAAUGGGCUUCGGAGUGAAUGUGGCAGUUUAAAAAAAAAAAAAAAAAAAUCCUUCAUAUUUUGGACCUGCAUAUUUAGCUGUUUUUGGACUGCAAUUACUUCCCCCUUGAGUUUCAAAUCUAAGACUGCUGCAGUCACAUCACAGUAUUCAGUGUUAAAUCUUGUUUGUUACUGUCAUUCCCAUUCCUCUUUGAUUUAGAUCAUAAUAAAGUUGUAUUUCGAAUAUCUAAGCAAGUGAACUUUCAUGCAUUGUUAGGAGUAAUUCUUCAAGCAAUGUCUUCCAUUCUUUAAAUAGGUGGUAACAGCAUUCAGUUUUAAUAUAUAUUUUUUUUCUUUUCAAAUGCGUUACUUGACUUGCUCCAAGUAAAUUUUAUAGGUAACAGUUACCCUUUUCAAGGCUUCUUGAGGCCUAUUCAUUUAAGUACUCCCUUUUUUUAGGAAUGCUGAAAUGUAACUGCUAGGGAAGGCAAAAGCAGUAGACAUUUGAAAUGGUAAGUGUAAAAUGGAUUGAAAAAAGAGUGUAAAAAUGCAAUAGGGAAGUUUUUUAACUAUCCUUAAUGGGCAUAGUUAUUAAAUGGAUGCAGUUUGCAGGGAUUCUUGUGACCUAGGAACUAUAGUAUAAAAGCUCCAUGUGCUCAUUGAUUCUGUAAAGGGACUAUCUUUCAGUUCUCAUUGGAAGUUUGUUUAGUUAUGUAUAACAUGUCUAUUCACAGAGCUUUAUACUAUAGCAGCCAGAAACGAUUAGCAGUGUGCCUGUGUCAAAUGAUGUACAAAGCUGUAGCUCUGCUGCAGCUAGGUUGAGCAUUGUUCAAACACGGUGUGAAAAUGGGAUUCUUCCCUGAGCAUGCAUCUCAAACUAUUUUUGUUAAGUAAGAAGCAAGUCACACUUGAACGGAAGUGCUCCUGGCUACAGAAAAGCAGGAUUUGUUAAAUCUACCCUUGUAUAAACCAAAAGUUACUGUAACUGCACCAAGUUCUAUUUUUGAAACUCUUGCUUAUUACAGCACAAAUGGUGGAAAAUGUCAACUCUAAACACUAUCUUGUAGAAUCUACUCCUUUGGAUCUAAUAUUAGAGCUAGAAGUACUGGUAGUCAACAUGGCAAAAUAGAAAUUUAAGAUAUCAUUUUUUUUUUUUUUAUUUUUUUUCCCCUAGUAGUGUUCAUUUGAGUAUAUGAAGCCUUGAACUAAAUUCAGUUUUGUAUUUUUGGUUUCUUAAUAAAGUGAAGCAUUUCAUUUA